AGAACCACCAAAUUGGUGGUUCAGGAAAUUAAGGAUACUAUGAUUAUCAAAUCAUGAAAAAAUAUCAUAUCAUAUCAUUCCUUUCAACAAACAAUUAAAACAAGUGUAACCAUACCAUACCAUAUCAUACCAUGCGAACCACUCCAAACAGUAAGUGGCUUUAGGGGUACAAUGUUGCAAGUAACAAUUUUAAGCAGGACAAAGGAAGCUUUUUUUCCGUUCAAAAUAUUCUAAAAAUCAAAAAUCAACUAUAUAGUUUUCAGUCAACAUAUAACCCAAGGUACGAUUCUGUGGGUUACAGAGGGGCCAUCAGAAGCCACUGACAAAGAUUGUAUGCUGAUUAUUGGAUACCCACCAUCUCACAAAAUUGGUUACAACUGUCGUUUGGCUAAAUAAAGGCAGACACUAUAAGCCACUUUACAGAAACCAUUCUGACAAUCUUGUUUUAAUAUACAAAGUUGAAGAAUUUGGAAGAAAAUAGCUCAAGUUAUUUUACUAUUAGAAAUGGAAAGAGCAUUGGAAUGUUUAAGGCAACUUGUUGAUUCCAAGAAUUGGGAAUAUUGUGUUGUUUGGAAGUUGGGUGAUGACCCUUCAAGGUUUAUAGAAUGGAAGGGAUGUUGCUGUUCUGGAGCUAAUGGAUUUGAUGUCAAUGUGAAGAAAGAAAAUGGAGGAAAACAGAAAGUCACUGCUCUAUGUAGGGAUAUCCAAGUGCGGCAUCCUAUUAGAACAAAGGCUUGUGAGGCUUUAGCUCAAUUUCCUCUAUCUAUUUCCCUUUAUUCAGGGAUUCAGGGAGAGGUUGUAACAUCAAAUGAACCAAAGUGGAUUAAUCAUGCUGAGAUUUCCAAUUCAAGUUUAUUACAUGAUUUAAUGGGUACCCUGGUAUUAAUUCCGGUUUCUGGUGGAUUGGUUGAGCUGUACAAUUCAGAGCUGAUAUAUAAAGAUCAAAAGACGAUUAAUUUCAUUAUCAAUUGCUUCAAACUUGGGUCGGAAGAAGCCAAUAGCUCCAUUGCACGAAAAGAAGAUCAAGUUCUUGUUUUCUUUCCCUAUGAGAAAUUGAACUUUACUGCUCCUCUUAUGCAAUAUGCUACAAGUUUUCCUUCAACUGCACCUCAUAUUUUUCAAGUAUCUGAAUCUAGUGCUAAUCCUAGCAUUCAAGGAUCGUCCACUGGUUCCACUCCUUCAAAUGAACUUACUUUGUGUCAUUCACCUAGUGAUCAUUUAUCGCAAAAUAUACCUUUAAGCCAAUCAACAGAAGGGUAUUUUGAGCACACUGAGCUUCAAUGCAGUGAAAACUUGUCGAGAAUGGAAGCCACUGCUUUUCCUUGGAAACAAGAAAAUUAUAUAGUUGCAGGAGACAUGUUCGCUAUGGGUAAGAAGAGACAAAAAGGACCUUAUCAGUCAAAGAAUCUUGUCACAGAGAGAAAACGAAGGAACAGAAUUAAAGAUGGUCUUUUUGCUCUUCGAGCUUUAGUUCCCAAUAUCUCUAAGAUGGACAAAGUUGCAAUACUUGGAGAUGCAAUUGACUAUAUAAAUGAACUGCAAGAAAAAAUGAAGUUAUAUGAGACUGAACUCAAUGAAAUAGAAGCAGAAGUUACCAACAAUGAAGCUGCUGAAAUGGUCCUAUCAGACAUGACUGAAAUUUCCAAAGUUACUGGACCAACAAAUGAGAAGACACAAAGUUCAAAUACAACUAAUAGGACAAGAAUGGAGGUGGAAGUGAACCAAAUUGAUGCAAGAAAGUUCUUGUUGAAUUUCUCUGGAUCACAUAAAACUGGACGAUUUACGCAGUUGAUGGAGGCCAUGAGUUACUUAGGAUUGGAAAUAGUAAAUGUGAGUUUUACCACUUCUGGAGGGGAGAUCUUGAGCAUUUUCAUAGCCGAGGCAAAUGUGGACAAUGUUCUUGAUUCACAGAAGCUGAGAUCCUCACUAAUUGAGUUGACAAGUUAAACAUAUAUACCGUCUGUUGAGCCAUAUAUGAACUGCUUAGUUUCUCUGUAUAAGGAUAGAGGAUGAUCUCAACUUGUAAACUUAUAUGAAUUAAAAUCUAGGGUUUAAGGUCUUAGGUAUGCAAACAUGCGAACACGUUUUGAUAUUGGAAGAAAAAAGUCCACGUUUAUAUCAAUGGAAUGAAUACAUAACAUAUGUAUUAACAUAGUUAAUUAGUCAAUAAUUUUAUCUAAUACUUGCUUAA